AGGAAGCGGGGCAGGUUUACAGUCAGAGAUAAACAAUCAUCUGAAGUCAGUUUAAACCCUUUAAAGUGCAAUAUUCAGGCAAAUUCCUCACAUGACAUGACUCUGAAACCCGCUGUACAAACAAAAGUACUCUCUCCGUCAACGACGAGGAUUUAUCCCGACUCGUUAUCGUUAGCUGCGUCAGUAAGUUUAGCUCUUGAUUGUCUCUCUUUUUUCGAGCCACACAUCUGAACACACCCUGGUAGGGAAUUGUAUUUGGAGAUUAUCGGGACGUCCGGUAUUUAAAGGACGCGGCAGCACUGUCUCGUCUUGUUUCCUCCACUCUGACAUGUUUUAUUAAGGCCGUUUUAUUAACUACAAAUGACUGCACCCAUGAAGACCCCACGGCCACCUCAUAGAGGGUCAUCUCACCAAACUAGUGAAGGACUAACCGACGAAAGAAGUUGCUGUUGUCGUUAAAUUAACUGGUGAGCUUCACUCCUGGUUUCCCUUAUGUCCAGCAGCCACGAUGAAUACAGCCUGAAGCACAUGAGCAACCUUAUGGACAGCAGGAGGCAGAAAGCAGUGGAUGACGGGGAGCAGAGUCUCAUUGGACCUCCACCCAGGGGCUCCGCCACCAGUGGGGAUCUCCUGGACAAAGAUGCCCCCACAUCGUGGUUCGUCUAUGUGUUGGCCGUUUUCUCUGCCCUGGGAGGAUUUCUCUUCGGGUAUGACACCGGGGUGGUCUCCGGGGCUAUGCUGCUCCUGAAGAGGGAGAUGAACCUGAGCGCUCUUUGGCAGGAGCUGCUGGUUUCCAGUACGGUCGGGGCUGCAGCGAUCUCUGCCCUGAGUGGGGGCUCCCUGAAUGGGUGGCUGGGACGCAAGAUUUGCAUCCUUGUGUCCAGCUUCAUCUUCAGCAUUGGCGGCAUCAUCUUGAGUGUUGCACCGGACAAGGUAGUCCUUCUCGUGGGCAGAAUCACAGUUGGUUUGGGCAUUGGCAUUGCCUCGAUGACAGUUCCUGUAUACAUCGCUGAGGUUUCUCCGCCUCACCGGAGAGGUCAGCUGGUCACUAUAAACUCCCUCUUCAUCACCGCUGGCCAGUUCAUUGCCAGUGUGGUUGAUGGAGCGUUCAGCUAUCUGAACCAUGACGGCUGGAGGUACAUGUUGGGACUGUCUGUUAUUCCAGCAGUCCUGCAGUUUGUCGGCUUCUUCUUCCUACCAGAAAGCCCUCGUUGGCUUCUCCAGAAGGGCCGGAGCCAGGAGGCCCGUAAAGUUCUCAGCCAGAUCAGAGGAGGCCAGAACGUUGGCCAGGAGUAUGACGCCAUCAGAACCAGCAUCGAGGAAGAGGAGAAAGAGGCGGGUGGAGGAGGCCUCGUUAUUCUGCAGAUCCUCAGCCACCCUCCAACUCGCAGGGCUCUCAUCGUUGGCUGUGGCCUCCAGAUGUUUCAGCAGCUGUCUGGGAUCAACACCGUCAUGUACUAUAGUGCAACCAUUCUGCAGAUGGCAGGGGUGCGGGACGACAAACAGGCCAUCUGGUUGGCUGCUGCAACGUCGGCUACCAACUUUGUGUUCACACUGGUUGGAGUGUGGCUGGUAGAGAGAGUGGGCCGCAGGAAACUGACCCUGGGCAGUCUUUUAGGUACUGGUCUGAGUCUGACUUUGUUGGCAGUUGGGUUCUUGCUGUCUGCCCAGAACUCUCCGCCCAUCACCCUCCACCCUGUCGACCCUCAAAACUCGACCUGCGGACAGUAUGGGUCGUGUGAAUUCUGCAUGUUAGAUCCGAUCUGUGGAUUUUGUUAUCGUGAAAACGUAACCGAAGUGUACGACUCCUCCUGCGUUCCUGUCAAUCAAAUGUCCACAGAUCAUGCAGCGUGGGGAAGAUGUUCCAACCAGACAGCAGAGGCAGCUGACAGCCCAAUUUGGGCCUACAACUACUGUCCCACAUCCUACUCCUGGAUCGUCUUGCUGGGACUCAUUCUCUACCUUGCAUUCUUCGCUCCAGGUAUGGGCCCAAUGCCUUGGACUGUGAACUCAGAGAUCUACCCGCUGUGGGCCCGUAGCACCGGAAACGCCUGCUCAGCCGGGGUCAACUGGAUUUUCAAUGUGCUAGUGUCUCUGACCUUCCUUCAUGCCGCUGAGUUUCUGACUUAUUAUGGGGCGUUCUUUAUGUACACAGGCCUGGUAGUGUUGGGUCUCAUCUUUGUCCAGGGCUGCCUCCCAGAGACCCAGGGCCUGCAGCUGGAGGACAUCGAGAACUUGUUCACCGGUCAGCUCUGCUCCUGUGGAGCCUCCUCACCCACCGGCAGACGCCACGUCCACUACAUCCGGGUAAAAGGCAACAACUACCUCCCCUCUGACAAUGAUGCCUCAGAUGUAGAGUAGACUGGAAAGAUUUUUUUUCCACUCUGUCUUGAUUUCGCUGUCUUUUUGAUUGCGAGUUGGAAAGACAGCUGAUGUCGGGAGGAAAGGUACUCAUGUUGCUCUCUGAUGGAUGCAAUCAUCUUCAACUCUCAAGAAAAUGACGAUAACUGGCACUUUCCCUUGCUCUGGCGUCUAUUUUGUAAGUCAUCACUGUUUUUCUGUCUUGUCUUUGUCUCACCUGGGUGUUUUCACAUCACAAAGGGAAAACUGAAGCAGAGAUUAGGGUGAUUAGGGUUCAUUUGAAAAAUGUUGCUGAAAUUAUACAUAUCCGAGGAAAGUUACAGUACAGUCCAGAGGGUAGGUUUACACUUUUUUUAUUCUUCAGACUCUGUGCCUUACACUGUGAAAAUGUAAAAGUGGACACAACUUUAAACAAGUUUAGUAACAAUUUUUACAGCUUUUUUAAGUUUAUUCCCCAAACCUAAUAUUUUGUAAUUUAUGUAAUAUAAGUAAGUAACUAAGUAAACCUUAUUUAUAUAGCACUUUCCACAGAUAAAGAUCACAAAGUGCUUUACAACAAAUAUCAUAAUAUUUCGUUUAGUUGGCACAAUGGGCACAAAAUGUUAAGCUGGCAGAAAUUUUUAUGUAUACUUCACUAUUAUAGUUCUCUUGGGUCAAGUUCACCCAACUUUUCUCCAAGUUGAAAUAUUUCAGUACUGCCGCAAAUGCAUUCCUUUGGAUAUUCAGUGUUGAGAGCAUAGAAGAGACCAAACACACAGUCUUUGAUUUUUAAUAAAUUUGCACAAACUUGUUUGUACUUUUUCAUGAUGGCUUACUGAGUGUAGGCUGAUAGGAAAAGUGAUGAAUUUUGUUCAUUUAUAAUUAAAUGUAGAACACUGUACAAAGUGUGCAACAGGUGAAGGCGUCGGAGUAUUUUUGAAGUGACUGUACAAAGGAAAUACCCUGGAUUUUGUUGCAAAAAAUGUGUUUCGAACUAGUGUAUGGUUUCAUAUUCAAUUUUGAUAGUACAUUUGUGCACAAAUGUUAUUUAAACGUACAUUUUUUUCUACAAAAUCAUUUGGGAUCAUUUAUGACAAGUUGUAUGUUAAAUAUAAUGGAUGUUGUGGGAGCAAAGCUGUUUUAAGCCUCUUCUCGUGUUUAAGAAAAUCUUCAGUAAAUAGCACACAUUCUGAUUUAAACCCUUGAGUUGUAUUUCUGUGUUCAGUCUAUGUUUUACCUGAAACAGGUUCAAGUUCUCUUAAGAUUUCUGUGUUGUGUUAUAUAUUCUAAUGUAUGUAUGGUUUAAAACCCUGGUCACAGGUUGAACUUAUGUCAGAUUUACUUAAAAAACAAAAGCUCAUACUGUCCAGAAAUCAGCUUACAUGGCAGGAACUCUGAAGGCUGAGACCCUUCAGUGCUGCAGCUUUCUGAUGCACAGGGAUGUCUGUGGGUUCAAUAACCAUAUUCACUUACAUAUCUACACAAAAGUAAACCCACCACUGCACUGUUGUGGCUAGGACGGCGUAUGAUAAUGAGGGGAAUAGCCUCCAACAAGAGGAAAAUUUUGGCUUCCUUAGUUUGAAAAAACAAAAUUCUCUUUUGAGUUGAUCCAUUUAUUACUGGGUUUUCCUGUUGUUUAAAGCAAGUGCACAAUGAUGCCCUCAUUCACUUUACUCUCUUCCCCUAUCAGUGUUCCUGCCCUGUGUGCAUGCAAAUCCGUGGACUUCAUUGUUUAAUUUUAAACGAUGAAAAGCAUGAGCUCUGAAAUCAAGGCACAUACAUUAUUUACAAAAACUGACUUUGCUUCUUUAUGUUGGUUUUUUUUGUUUAUAUUCCCUCUAAUCUGGUGUUUAUAUUGAUGUUGUGCAUUCAUUCAUUUCUUUUGGAAUUAUUUGUUGGAGAUUAUUAAGACAAUCAUCAAUGCUUUCGUAAGAUGGAGCAAUGAAUAUGUACACCCAGAUGGACUUGACUUCAGUUACCUUUGCCUUGAAAUAUGGACAAUCUUUUAUACAAUCAAAUUAAUUACUCCUAAGGAUUUCAAGUAAAUAAUGACACGAGCUCAAAAAGAAAAAAAAAUAAAGUGAAAGUCUUUAUUGUUUAAUUUUUUUUACAGACAUCACUUAUAAAUUAGGGGCAGUUAAAAGUGGCCAAAUAACCUAAACUGCAUGUCUUCGGAGUAUGGGAGGAAACCGGAGCACCCAGAGAAAACCCCAUGCAGACACAGAAUGUGCAAGAGAGAAAGAGACCUCAGCAGCUACAGUGCUGCCCUCAAAGCGAAGGGGAAUCAGUGUAAAAACAUCUGGGAGCUUGUAGAAGAAAUAUGUGUUGUGGAAUUUGGAGUGACAGCAAAUACCAGCAAAUGGCCAGGUUCCCCCACACAGCAGUGCAAUCAGCCACAUCUACGCUGCAGCUUCUUUCACCUGGCAGCGGAGGAGGUUAACUGGGAGGAAGUAUGAUGUACCUGUGUUUACCAGUUCCCACCCACCGACCCUGUCUACCACUGCAUAUGUGCCCCAACCAACCACCUCACUGAUUUCCAUAAACACUAAUGAAUCCUAAAUUUUUGCUGAUUAUUUCAUGACUGCAAAUUCCACCUGAUCCAUUGGUUCUGUUUGUGCAGGUUUAUAAGAU